CAUUUUUCAGAUUCUCGUAUGAAUGCACGCAAUCAUCAGUUCCAGUUAACUGUUGAUGAACAUCAAGUACGAGAUGCAAUCUCAACAAUCUUCCAUACUAUCCUUUUGCAUAGGAGCGUGCCUAAAAUGCAUUAUACUAGUGAAAUAAACUUUCAACUCGGGUCUAUUGGUGUUGAGGAAGUGGAUUGUAACACUUUGAAUUUAAGCUAUGUACGUGUAAAUAGUCCAAAACUGGUUUCAUGCUUGCAUGAGGAAAUUGAUUCUUUCGUGCAGUGCGUAUGGCAUUCCAUUGAAAGUGUUACCGCACCUCGAUUCUAUUCUCCACCACCAGUAUCACUGCUCACUCAUUAUGGGACUCCACUUCUGAAUGCUAAGAUUGAUUUAGAAUUCUACCAAAAAAAGAAACGGUCGUGGCCGCUAUCAGAUUAUGAACUCCCAUGGGAAAUUUGGCAAAUGCAACUUGGUGUGGUUAGAAUCAAAGAACGGGAAUACUGGGAAAGAAUGCGUGAAGAGGUGGCGGAUUCGGUAUCAGAGAUUGUGCUGAAGGCAUGCUCACUGAUUAGUCGACCUCAAUACAUGCCACAAAUGCCUACACGGUCGGAAGUGACGAGUAUUUUUAAUACAAGUUUUCUUGAAUGUCAACCGUACCUUUUCAGAAUAGUCAAACAUCCUCUUGAUUCGGGUCAAAAUACGGAAAGCACCUUAAUGACGAUUGGUGCAUCUGCGGUCAAGAAAAUGUUGAGAGAUACGUUCUUGUCGUAAAAUCUUGGAAAUAUUUCACGAUUCGCCAAUAUUUUAUAGUCCAUAAAUCUCUGUAAAUAAUCCUAAAUUUAUGUGGUCUUUACUUAUGUUAUUGUACAUUAACUUUGCACAAGGUUUUUCGCUCGACUUUUUGAUACUCGUUGUAAAUAACUACUGUUUGUUUUAGGUUUGAAAGCUGCUAUCUUUGUUUUACUGCUAUCUGUGUCUCUACGUAUGUGUGCUUUUUUUAUUUUUUUUUUGAUGAAGUUAAAUCCACUGUAUUAUUACUUAGUAAAGUCAAAGCUUUUUUUAGUUUUCCGGUGAGUUUUAUUUUAUAGUGAAUGAGUGCUAACUGUUACACGUUCUGGGAUUAGCUUACAGAUUCGAAAUACUGUCAUAUGCACUCGGCAACAACUUUGAUGAAUCUUUGGAUAUGAACUCAUGGAAACGCAUUUCACGUUAUGUGCUUUAGCUCGGUGCACUGGUUUCUCGUUGCAGCAUGUUUUUUUCUUUCACCGCUCAGCUUUGUAAAUAUCAUUUUUAGAGAUACUGCUUCUCAUGGAAUGAAAUUUUUUUUGCAAGAUGAGAUUUAUCUUUCAGUUUUGAUUUACACAAGUAAGCGUGAACUUGUCCGAUCGUUCCUUCCUGAUAGCACUUUUGCUGCGUCAUGUAAUUCUUGAAUUGAAAAAGAAAAACUUGUUACUCAUGGUUCAUACAUCUAUAUUCUUGUGCAUGACUGAAAUAGAACUUUGUGUUGUAUAUUCAGUUUUGCUUUUGCCAGGAAUCCAAGUCAAAUGUUUGUC